GCGUUCGGUUUUAUCCUCUUGCCAGCUUCAGCCGGAACCCUCUGCUGGAUGUGUUUAGUGUUUAGUUUCCGUUGGACUCCAAGGACUCCUCUAAGGGGAUAUCAGCCAGCCAGCCAGUCAGCAGCGGCCUCCAAGUUUUGCCAACGACCGAUUUUUGGGUGGAGAAGAACCAGUCGUGGAUUAAACCGUUAGGAUUACCCGCGGAUUUCGCAGAAUUGUGCCGACGACGGAUGCCAUAGAAAUUCGUUCCGGAAGCGGAAUAGAUUUUGAAGAAACCUGCGAACGCACCAGGAUGAAGUCCGGCACAGGUUUGGCCCACGUCGACAGUACCGUGUCGAUUAAAUCGGUCAGCUCCGAGGAUGUCAGCUCGUCGGCGGCGGCCGGAAAUAGUGGCUGGAGGAAGACCUGGCGCGGAAUGAGAUGCUGCAGUGCCGAGGCGAAAAAUCCGGCUUUCAAGAGAGGUCGCCAAAUUCAGCUGCUCCAGAUGAUUGUGUUGCCGUUCAUUCCGAUUCUGGCGCUGAUUGUGCAGACUUCGUUUGAGAUGAUCGACAUCGUGAGCUACCGGAAGGAGGUCACCGAGAUCGAGAAUCAGGUUACGAUGGCCACCGAUUUGGGCAAGGUGGUAACCCGGUUGCAGCAGGAGCGAUCUGAUGUGGCGUUUUUUAUCUAUACGAAUGGCAGUAUUUUGAGGAGAAACCUUAGUGAGGGAUUCUUGUUGACGGAUCGAGCGCUGGAAAAUAUUUCCUCAUGGCCCGAUCUGACGAUACCGACUCCGAAUGAUGGCGGCAGAGUGACGUGGUUGAAUAUGAGCGAGUUCAGGGAAGAACUGAACGAUUUUCGGCAGAAUAUUAUGUCGGACAGCAGUAGCACUUUCAAGGAUGUCCUACACUGGUACACGACCGUCAACGGAGCUCUAUUGGAUCAUCUCACCAAUCAGAUCAAGGAUGCUAAUAAAAGUGGUGUCUGGAGGUAUCUGUUGAGUUUCAAAAACAUGCUGAAGAGCAUCGAAAGCUUAGACCUAUCUUCAGUUUAUGGGAUCAACUACUAUGGACGGAGUGUUCUCAACACUACCUCAUACAUUCUCUACAUUCAACAUGAUAUUGUGGGCAAAGAAUUGCUGAACAGUUCCCUGCACUACGUCCCGAAGCUAAAAAUGAUGUACCGAGAUUUGACCAGAGGCAUGAAGGAUUACGGCAAGCUGAAGCUGUGGAGUGCAAUCAUUAGAAACAACACGGCCCUGCCGUCGAGGAAUGUAACGAUGGCCCGGGAGUAUUACGAGGCGAUGGCUUCGUACGUCGAUGAGCUGCGAAAGCUGCAGGAUAGAAUCAGACGAAUCAUUAGGGAAGAAGUUCAGAAGGUUCUGGCCCAGGCAGACCGCAUGGAAACCUUUGGCAUUGCCAUUCUAAUCGUGGUGCUGAUUGUGUCGCCAAUCAUCAUCGUCCUGGUGCGGAACGCCGUGGCCACCAUUCAGAUGUAUGCCGUCCAUCUGGCGCACAAGGCCAAAGAGCUGAAGCGGGAGAAACGCAAAUCGGACUCGCUGCUCUUUCAGAUGCUUCCCCCGACGGUGGCCACCCAGCUCAAGCAGGCCCAAACGGUCCCGGCAGAGUACUACUCGGCCGUGACGAUAUUCUUCAGCGACAUUGUUGGCUUCACCGAAAUCGCCGCCGAGUGUACGCCCCUGGAGGUUGUCUCGUUCCUGAACUCGAUCUAUCGGAUGUUUGACGAACGCAUCGAAUGUUACGAUGUCUACAAAAUUGAAACUAUCGGCGAUUCGUACAUGGUUGCAUCAGGACUGCCGGUGAAAAAUGGUAACAAGCACGCAUCGGAAAUCGCCACGAUGGCCCUGGAUCUGUUGGAUGCUUCCGGCUGCUUCAGCAUUCCGCACAAAUCCAACGAACCGGUCCAGAUACGGGUUGGAAUCCACACGGGAUCGGUUGUGGCCGGAAUUGUGGGUACCAAAAUGCCCAGGUACUGUUUGUUUGGCGACACUGUUAACACGGCCUCCCGUAUGGAAUCGACUGGGGAUGCACUUAAAAUUCACAUUUCGGCCGAGAUGAACGAAGCAUUGGCUAAAAUUGGGGGCUUCAAAACAGAACAUCGUGGCCUGAUUGACGUCAAAGGAAAGGGUCUGAUGGACACCUACUGGUUGACCUGCAAAGAAAGAACCGGCGGAGUGGCCAACAGUUAUGGGGAAGUCGCCUGGUACGCCGAUAUGCAACCGGUCUACCUGAAGAUUGUUUAAGCAAAACCCAAAAACGAUAAAUCAAUUAUUAGCAGCCAUGCAUUUAUGUGUUCUGUUUUGAACCAGUUUGGUCUAAUAACUUCUAAGUGUUUAUGGAUGGAAAAUACUCACUGUUACAGUACUACACACCUUUACAAGAAUCGAUUCAGGUUUCUAAUCUAUGUAUAGUGUUUUCUGGAGAGAUGCACACUCGUCUAGUAUUUGAAGCUGUAACAAACCUCUAUGUCAUAGUGUUCGAAACUACUCAGCUAUAAAUACAUGUUUUACAUGUUCAUUGUGAUACAUAUACGACCUAUUUAUAUAUUUAGCAUAAACAAGUGUUGAUAUGGAACAUUAUUUCUCGGGUCAGAAAUAAGUGCGUUAUUGAAAAUAAACU